AUGGAAAAGCAACCCAGAGAUGUUCAGGCUCUUUGGAAAAGAGUGGAGAAAGAUAAGGAACAAAUUCAGAACCUGGGGAGUCCAGAAAUUGUCAAAGGUGCUGAGGUUCACUCUGCAGCGAUCUCUCCAAUUGAAGGAUGCUACAAAGGGCCAUGUGUAGUUGACAGUAUACUGAACCCUAGGACAAUAGAUGAUCAUAUG